AGCCUUGCUGCGCUCUCGCGGAUUUGCGUGGUAAUCCGAUACUUUAUGGGGUUCUCAAACGUUACAUUCUCAACUGUUACUACUCCACAGGCUAGCAACGACUGCCGGUCCAGCCAACCACUUUCACAAGUCCUGUAUGACAGUGCACAACCCCCCCUCCCCCUCAUUUCUCAUGCAAAAUCCCCGAUCCGGCUGCUGCCUUGUAGCACUGUUCGCAUGACAAAUUCUGGAAGCGAGAACAGCACUACAAUCCGUGCAUAAAUUUGUCAUGCACAGCAUACACGUGUGCUGUUGCUUGUAUUGCUGUUGAUGCUAUACAAAUGAGGGGGAGGGGGGGUUGUGCGCUCUCAUACCCUGGCCCAGCACUUCCGAAGCCCGUCCCGGGUCAGCACUUUUUUCGAACACUCGUCCUGGCCCAGCACUUUCAAAAGCUCGACGUCCUGGCCCAGUGCCAAAAGCUCGUCCUGGUGUGCUUCGUUCGUUAGUCCAGCCGUGUCAAGAAUCUGGGCCGGAGGAGGCGUGACCACGCUGGACUCUCGGCGCGAGGAGCCUUGAGGACCCGGUUUCUGCGAUGAAUUCUCGGCUGGAGGACCGCCCGCGCUUUCCCUCCUGCGGUCCGACGAGGACGAGGACGACGCGCAGCUGCGCGGUUUAUUCCGGCAAGCAGUGGAAAACGACGGAGAUAACCGAUUUCGAGUUUAUCAAAAAGUACAAGCAGCAUUGUCGGAAUCACGGGACCGCUGGUGAUAAGAAGAACCAUCAAAACGGCCGGAGCGGCAGUAACAAUAGGCCAGGAAUAGAUAACAAGCGCCGGGAUCGUGCCGCUGCCAGGGAUGAACUUCGCGGUCAAAACCCUCUUCCUCGAUCGCGCGCGAGGGACGAUGACCGAUCGCGCCGUCGCAGCCCCCGUGGGCUCCGGGGAGGUCGAGGAGAUCGAAAUCAAAGGUCCGGCGAGCGCGGCCACGCC